CACUGAGCAACCCACGGCGGAGGCAACUCAACAACUAACAGCAGGGCGGUGCCUGCGAACUGUUCAGAAGCUCCUUGGCGGAUGUUGGAUCAUUGUAUGGUGCUCAUCCGGAGUUUUCCAACUAACCUAGGAGUACAGCCCCCUGCGCAAGUCAACAUGGUUGUUCCAUCUUGGCCGUUCAUAGCUGAAUGAUCUGGCUACAACAGAACGUUAUGUAUAAGGGAUUUGGCCAGCCUGUAUGGAGACAUCUCUCCCAGACUAAAGCAGCUCCAGUGGAACGGUAUAAGCAUGGAUGUUGCAUCCACAUGGGAUAUAUUUAUCUUUAUGGAGGCCGAAGACAAAAUGGGCUGAAGGAUUUCUGGAGAUACAGCAUUGCUCAAAAUGAAUGGGAAGAACUGAACUAUGCAGAGGGAACUCCGCCGGAAGAACUAGAGGAGCCGUCACUGGUAGCUCACAAUGGAAUAAUCUACGUGUAUGGGGGAAUGAUGGACUCGGCUUAUACCCAGGGGAAAACUCCUCUCUGGAUCUAUGAUAUCGGUGCGGCAAGAUGGAUUUGGUGGCACGAGACAUUCUCUUGUGAGCCGGCGAAACAGGCACCCAAGAAUCGGAAGGGACACAGUGCGGUGGUGUUUGAGGCUCAGAUGUUCGUGUACGGAGGUUACGUUGAUAUAAUGGGACCCUCUCAAGAAUUCUGGAGUUUUGGCUUUGAUGCCAAGGACUGGUGCCCAGUAUUGUGCUCGGCUGGUGGCGUGGGGCCCGGACCACGAUACAGUCACUCUGCAGUCGUCUACUGCAGCGGGAUGUACCUGUUCGGCGGCCUGGUUGGACUUGUGGAGCAGAAUGACUUUUGGAAGUGGGAUUUCAUCGGCAGCACCUGGUCCAAGAUCAAAACACGUUCUGGGCCUCGCCAGUUAGUCGGGCACUCUGCCGUUGUAUACCAGGACAGCAUGCUGAUCUUCGGAGGAGGGAGGAACCACAACAGCUCCAGCAACAGCCUGUGGAAAUUCCGAUUGACGACGCAGGCGUGGGAGAGGCUGAGCCCAGGCACGGAGACGGCCCCUCCCGCCAAGAUCUACCACUGCACGGUGGGGGUCGGUGCCAGCUUCCAGGAGGCACGUCCCGACAGCGCCCCUUCCACACCAACCACGCCCAGCUGCAUCUGCGUUGAGAACAACACCCACCCGUGCGACCAGUGCAGCGGGCAGCAGCUGGUGGGGCUGAAGGGCGCCUGCUGCUUGAAUUUCUCCACGCCGAACGUGGCGGAGCGCAGCAGCUCGUCGCCGGCCCGGUCGCGAAACCGAAGCGCAAACUCCGACAACAUCGAGAUGAUGACCUUCAGGGUACAGUCCUCGGAGAGGGGCGAGAGGCUUCAGGGAUCGACCUGGCCCAUGUCCGCCACGCCCGUGGUACUGUGGCCGCGCCAAAACGCGUAUCACCUCCCGAAGCCGCCUCCUUCACAACACAGCGCCAAGGAACAUGGCGAGAAUGGGGUUAUAAAAGAUGCACAGCCAGAGACCACGCACUAUGGAGACCCACCAACCUUACAAACUGACAACCUUCCAGAGGUUCUUCUGGUAGUUGGUGGUAAACCAAAUUCUGAACAGAGGUAUAUUUCACUGUGGCAAAUGAAACUCUGUGAAACAUUUCUAAAGUGUUAAGUGUUAACAUUUCUAAAGCUCCGUGCGUUAACAAACAGUUUUGGACAAGCUUAGACAAGAGUGAUCGAACAUAUUUAUUUUGUAUUUUGUGCCAAUAAUGCUAAAUUUAAAACAAACAUUUUCUACAGAGCUUUUAUUUUUAUGGAUGUGUUCACGCCUUAAGCUAAUACAUGCUGAUAAACUGGUUGGACAUU